AUGCCGCGAACCGCAUCCGCGACAGCAGGUGGUCGCAAGACCGCCAAGAAGGCCACGACCUCAGACCAAGUGGCCCUAGAGCAGCCCGCCACACCAGCAACCAGCGCCCCACCCACCACCACUGUCGACACAACACCCGCCCCGCCACCCGUCGACACCGAGCUGCUUGUCGACACAGAGGCACUGACCUACGGAGACUUGCGUCGUUUGCGGAAACGGGUCUACUACUCGGUUCACAACCCUGAGGUGGAGCUCCUCGCCGUGGCAGACUUCGUCUUCGAGGCCAGCAGUCAGCCGUUCCCACACAACCCCCAAUCUCCGACUCAGCUUCCCGACCCACCGACGCCAAAAACGCGCCGGAAGCUCCGCCUCGCCUCGACGGGCACAGCAGCUGCCUCCCAAGACACCACAACCACCACCAAGGGCAAGAAGAAGGCGACAACCCAGCGGAAGAAGGCCACACUGGCGUCAAAGGCCACCGGCGCCAAGAAGAAGACACCAUCGACGAAGAAGACCUCCGGUGGUCCUCGCGCAAGUGCCAAGAAGUGCAGCAUUUCGACAUUGGCACCCAAACUCUCCGUCCUGGAGCAGCCUCAGCACGCUGGGCCCACUCCGACCGUGUCAGCUGCAAACGAGAUUACAUCCUCAAAGAGAGGCCCUAGUGCCGCGGCUGUGGCGCCUGCGAACACACCCAACGGCAACGACGGCACUGGCGACUCUGAGCAGCAGCACCAGCAGCAGCAUCCGCAAAAGAAGAAGGCCAAGGUCGCAAAGGUUGGCGCUGGCAAGCCAAAGGACGCCGUUGCCAAGGCGCGCGCAGCAAAGGGUGCCAAGCAGAAGAGCGCCGCUGCCAAGCACACAAGCACCAAGGCCGCCACGCCCAAACGUGGCCUUGCAACAGCCAAGGCAAAGGCGUCCAAGAGUGCUGCCACCAAGGGGGCGACCGCAAAGCGCAAGCCCCAACCAGAUACACCAUGCAGCGAGAGCCAUGGCCCCACCCCACAGCCAGGCGCUGCCAUCCCCGCUUCACUCAUCCCCGUGGUCAAUGGCGAGGGAGUGCCCGUGCGCAAGCGCCCAAAGCGGGCAUCCCGCCCACCCCUGCGCUACCGCAAGGCAGAAGCCGGCGGCGAUUCCAGCGACAGCAGCAGCGACAACAAAGGCGCUACACCAGCGCCGCCGCUAGCGCCGGCAGUGGAGGGCGGCAGUGUGGGCACCACGCAGCAGCAGCAGCAGCAGCAGACACCGCAUACCCCGGGCCGCAAGCCGACCAAGAAGCGCAAGGCUGCGAAGCGCCCCCCAGCUUCUCAGCGCGACGGUACCUACAAGCCCUCAAGGGUUUCUUCGGCCCGUGCAAAGUCCAAGCGGCAGCCUCGCAAAGUCAACCAAGCCCUGGAAGUUCUCGUGGAGGAGCUUGGCCGCUGCGAGCGAAAGCUCAAGUUUGUCUCGCUGCAAGCAGGUGACGUGGUGGUCGUCAAGCGGUUGCCCGGGGCCCUGGAAGGAUGCAUUGUUCGCAAGGGGGAGGCACAGGAGGGCGAAAAGGCCGUCGUCGUGCAACCGCCCAUGUUCCCCAGCACUUGGGUUCGCCUCAAAGUUGGCGACCGGCCAGAGAUUAGCGCGCGCCCGUCCAAUCUCGACUGGGAGCCCACCGAGGAGCGCAUCAACGGCAUUCGCCCUGCUCGCGCCGCCCUCAAGCGGUUGGGUAGCACGGUUCUGUUCAACUUCCUCAAAGAGGGCGCAGACAUUGUGAUCAAGUCCAAGAGUGGCGGGUGUCACCGCGGCAAGCUCACGGGACCGCCCAACUUUCCAUCGACGUGGAUUGUUGUGACGGAAACGCUCCCCGACGGCACGACGCGCUUGCACAAGUGCCGGAGCUCCAACGUCGUGGAAGUGAGCCGCUUUGGGAUGACGGUCAACCCAGAGAAGAUUGACAUCGCGCUGGCCCGCAAGGUUGUCGAGUGCAUGAAGGCCGAGAAGCAAGCAGCGGCCGGCAACCAGCCACAGGUCAGCCCCAGCAGCAGCGGCAGUCAGCCCACGUCCGCCGACAGCCCGUCGUCCUCAGCAGCGUCUUCAGCAUCGUCAUCGCCGUCAACAACAACAGCCGCAGUGACAACGGCGAAGAGGAAAGCGCAGCGGCCGGGGCGGCAGCGGCAAGGUCAAACCGGACGCGGAAACAUCAGCCGCGGGCAAGCAGAUAAAGGCGAGACCAGCGUCAGCAGUCCACGGCCGCUGCAGGCCCAGGGCAUGAGCGUCUACAACAGCGCUGUGUUCAUCCAGCCACACGGCGCGAGUCAUCAGCAGCAUCCACAUCCACACAUGGGGUUUGUGGUCACCAACGGGUACUGGGUAGCUCCAGGUGGCAUGCACUGGGGACCACAAGUGGCAAUGCUACCUGCUUCUGCAACAACAGCAACAACACCGGACGCGGCAGCAGCGGCACCGACGAAGACGUCAGCGCUGCCAUCAGCAACCACAGCACCGACACAUGGCAUGUCUGGCAUGUCCACGGCAGCCAUGGCACAAGCGCCAUCCGCACCACCUGGCAUGAUGCCCAUGAUGCCGGGCAUGGCGCACAUGCCUCUCAUGUUCCAUCCCGUGGGGUCACAUGGCGUGCCCAUGACAAUGAUACCAGCCAUGUCACCGUCGCCUGUGCAGGGCAUCACCGCCUCAACAACAGCAGCCGCAACAGCAACAGCAACAGCAACAGCAACAACAACAACAGCAGCAACAGUAGCAACAACAACAACAACAACAACUUCUUCUUCUUCUUCGUCUGCUGCUGUCGCUGCUGUAAAACCUAUGAAUGUUGCAUCCGCUACUGCCGGAUCCUCGUCCACCUCCUCAUCCUCCUUCACAGUGCCACUCUACGCACCCGAUGUGGAAGGACAGCCGGCCGCUGCCACCGCCACCACCACAACCACCGCCACGAGCGCGAGUGAGAGCACAGGGCCCGCGGCCGUGUCAGCCACAACGACAGCCGCCUUGGCCUUGGUCAGCCUGUCUUCAUCGCGCCCUGCGUCCCCGGAUACCGAUACUGGUUGUUCAGUGCCGGGCAGCACAAUCGCCGCGCCAGGCGCGUCAACGGCAGCGAGCGUGACAAGUACAGGCGCUGGCAUUGCUACCGCGGGUACCACAGCGGCGAGCAUGCCAAACACAGCCAUGGGCAAUGCCAGUUUCUACACGGCGGCCGGCUUGGGUGGAGUGGGCACGACCACGGUGAGCACUGCGUCUUCGACGACGGCUACGCAGGCUUUCUACAACCCAAGCACAAGGGGGCAGUUUGCUGCUACUGCUGCACCUGCAUGGCAGCCGAUGGCCUCGUCAGCAAUGCCAGCGGUUGCCACGGGAAGAAGGGUUGUGAGCACCAUGCCGUCUUCUGUGGCUUGUGCGACGGGCGGAGAAUCGUCCUGGUCGCAACCGGCAGCAGCACCAGCUCCAACACAUACAGUGCUGCUGCCACCAGGGCCCAUCUCCACAGCCAUCUCCGCAAGCACCGCCAGCAUGAACGCAGCCGGCAUCGGCGGCACCGCGACAACAACGAGUGGCGGCUCAGCAAGCACGCCGUUGCCGACCACGACGACGCCACCAGCAUUCACAAGCCGCGCCACCACAAGCAGCUCCAUCACCACUAACGACACGACUGCGACGCCUGUGACCACCAACACCACCAGCAGUACCAGCAGCAGCUUGUUCCCUGCGAGCACAACGCCUGGUGAAGAUCAGCGACCAGCAAAGUCCAAACGCAAGACGCUGCCCAUGUCCAGCGUCUCAACGACACUUCUUCAGGAGGCGAUGAUGGCUGCAGUGAAGAAGAAGGUGGCCGAAGCGAACCAGCCACCACCUCCGCCACCAGCGCACAAGACGACUGUCAACCCCAGCACGGGUCUGCCCAUGUGUUCGGAUCCUUCCUGCGUGGUCUGCACGACCAAGCCACGCGUGAGGCAGCGGCUUCCAUCCUCGUUUUUCGAGCAGUGGUCUGAUUCGGGGCUUGUGUACAGCCUGGCGCCCACAUCCGCAGCACCAUACGCGGGCCAUCCCCAUGCCAGUGGUGAUUAUCCCUACACCCCUGCUAACGUGGCUCAGGCCUACAUGCACAGCGGUGCACCCAUGACGCACGUCGGCACUGGUGGUGCUGGCACUGGUGGCGCAGGUGUUGGUGGCGCAGGUGUUGGUGGCGCAGGUGUUGGUGGCGCUGGUACUGCCCACCCCAUCAUGGGCCCUACCUUCUUUGGCUUCCAGUCAUCGCCUUCAAGUGCCACCGUGACCACCAGCACAACAACCACCAGCGCUGCAACUGCAAGCACCGCAACCGUGGGUGUAGUGACGACUGCAUCGCCUGCCACCACAUGUACCACUUCAACCACUGGCAUCGCUACCACAGUCACUGCUGCGCCCACCACCUCUGCCAGCACCAGCACUGGUGUCAUUGGCGCCACCCCUGUCACUUCCAUCGCCACGACAACCUCAAGCAGCACCGGCAUUGGCAGGGGCACCAGCAGUGCUCCCACCACCUCCGUGGCCCCAGCUGUCAUGCCAUCACAAGCUUCAGGUGUGGAAUCGUCUACUCCUUCAGCGACUCUGCCUGGCACUCCACCACCACCACCGCCACCGCCACUGCGUGCAACAACAGAAGCAGCCACAGCCAGUGAUGACCCCUCCACCGAGCGUGCAUGA